GAGUAUCUCAGAAUUCAUCGGCAUCCAUCGUAUUUCGGAUGCUGAGCGAGAGCUUCUGCUUUGGCAGCGCGCACUUGGCCAAAAUAGUUGUUGGUUCGCAUGCAAAACGUUAAAAUCGCAUUAGCUGAAAGACAUUUUUAUACCAACGGCGCGUUUUUAAUUUUUUCUACACUACAACAACACAAAUAAUAAAAAAAAAUAUAUAAAAUAAAAUAGACAAAGUAGAUGGCAGAAAGUAAAAAACAAAAUGCAAAAAAAAGAAAACAACGAGCAAAGCUAAACUAAACUUUUAACGUUCAACAAUUCGAUGCGUAUACAUAAGUAUAAAUAAAUAAGCGCGUGUAUAUAUGAAUACAUAUAAUAAAUGAUAUUUCAAUAAUUUUCAAACAACAAAAGUAAGAUGUUUAGAUGUAAUCGAAAAAAGCGUGUCAAGCCGUCCUCUUUACAAAGAAUCAACCCUAAACUAAAGUAAACUACGACUUUUUAAAGUUAUAAACCUUAAAAAGGACUAACGAAUCGCGCUGGUAGAAUAGCAGAACAAGGCGUGACUUUUGUGUGUGUGUGUGAGUGAGUGUACAUAAAGACGGAAAGCAUGUGAAACUGGGGAGCAAAAAUGGCCUCCCUUUUGCCUCUGGCCCACCUUUUUGUGUCCGUGCGUGUGAAAUAAAACAAAAAAAAAAAAAAAAAGAAACGAAAAAUAAAAAGGGAAAAAAGCGACAACUACUACAAUCAGCGGCAAUGGAAUAGCGAUUCAAUGUCACAGUCAGCGAGCAGCAUCUAUGUGCAGAGUAACAGAUACAGAUACAGAUACUGGCGCCCUUAUACAUAUACUACCCAUACCCACACAUAUGUAUACCGCUCACGUAUGUAGAGAAAAGCCAUAGCCGCAGAUUAGUGAGCCAGUUUCAAGGGGCCGAGAACGAAAGAAAAGCGAAGACGACAACGACGACGACAAUCAACAUUCAUCAUACGCACCGUGGGACGCGGCGCAAAACGCAAAUGCAGCCCCCGAUCGAUCGGUACCAAAAAGCAUCCACCUGCCAUUGACAACUCUCAGCAGCGCGCCGCGCGUGUUGAUGUGCAGCGCAUCCGUGGGCACCGAAGGAUCCGUGACUCUGCAACUGCGGGAUGCGAAUGCCUUGGAGGCAGCUGCAACGAAAACAGCAUCAGCCGUAGUAGCCACAUCGACGACGUCAUCAAAUGGCGCUGCGAAUGCGCCAGCGUCGACGCUAGAGAAUGCGUUGACCAUCGGUUAUCCGGAUCCGGAAAUGUUGGCAGAUGUCUUGGGCACCAUUCAAACAGCCUCUCUUAAGAACAACAACUCAAUCACAGCAGCAACUUCAAGCAAUAGCUCCGUCAAGUCGGCGAGCAGCAAUCAUCUGACGAAUCCCAAUAAGAUAACCAUAACCAGGCGUAGUGUACAGUCCGUUAGCACCUCGACGAACAACAGCGUUGGUGGCCAUAGCAAGACCAACACCAGCUACAUCAAGAACUGCUUGAUCCGCAGCAGCAGCUGCAGCAACACAGUCACCAAUGUCACGACAUUGGCGCAGAUUAUGAGCAACAGCAGCACCAGCAGCGCGGCCAGUUUACUCAAUCAGCAUAAUAACAACAGCAACUGCAGUAAUAGUAGCAACUUCAGUACCGCCUCUUCAGUGGGCAGCAGCAUCAGUGUCGGCAGCAAUAGCAGCAGCAACAGCAAUUGCAGCAACAGCAAUAGCAACGACAGCAACAGCAGCAGCGGCGGUGGACAUAGUUUAAGUUUCAAGGGCACCGGUCGACAUGUUCCCACUAGUGGUGGAUUAAGCUCAUCUACGGCAUCUACAAACGGUAGCAAUACCGCCAACGGUAUUGGCAUCAUAAGCGUCGAAGCGCCACGAGUGAAAAAUCGACCCAAAUUAUCCUCACCAACGCGUCACGGACCGCAGCAGUGUCAGAUUUGUUGCAAGAUCUUUGGAAAUGCCUCGGCGCUGGCCAAGCACAAACUGACGCACAGCGACGAGCGGAAAUACAUCUGUGCGCUCUGCUCGAAGGCAUUCAAGCGGCAAGAUCACUUAAACGGACACAUGAUGACUCAUCGGAACAAGAAGCCUUACGAAUGUAAGGCGGAUGGUUGUGGCAAAUCCUAUUGUGAUGCCAGAUCCUUAAGGCGUCACUCGGAGAAUCACCAUGCGGGUGGAGCAGCCACACCCACCACCAGUCAAUCGCUAUCGCCCACCGCCAGUUCGAGUGGUACCAGCAAUAGCAGUGGUGCUGGUGUGGCCACAAGCUCUUUGAGUUUAUCGCCGGCUACGGCCAGCGGAGAUGCCAGUUCCCCGGACGGAGCCACCUGCAUUCGAACCUACAUUUCCACGGGCAGUUCGGUGGUGGAUGCGGCCACUGGUAUCGCCCUGUCGGAGGAACAGAUUAAGGCCAUGAACCUGCCGAUCAAGACGGGCGUGACCUUACUGUCGCCCACCACAUCGACUUCCUCGAAUGCCUCUUCCACGGCCUCAUCUGCCAGCUCAUCGCUUUCGUCAGCGGGAUCGGGAUCAGGUUCGGGUUCAGGAUCAAUUUCAAUGGCCCCGUCACCCUCAAGUGGCACUAUGAUAGCCGCCAGUUCGCCCACCAUAACACUCAGCGACGGCAUGAGCCUCGAGGGCGAGGGUCUGACCCGAGAACAGUUGGAUCUCAUCAGCAAGAUUAUGCAGCAAACGAAGCAGACAAGUGCCCAGGUCACCGUCUCCUCGCCAACGAGUGUCAGCUCCUACAAGAUCAACACCAACUCGUCGCCAUCGCAGAACAGACCGCGCACCUGGAACAUGCAAUUGCUAAAUAGUGCCCAGAAUGUGACCGUCACCGUUGAGGACAACUCUGAGCUUGUAGCUCCCUCCUCCAACUCACCCGUGGAGGUCAAGGAGGAGGAGCUAAGUCCACAAAUUGUGGGCAACAUGAAUCCCCACCUGCUCAACAUCGUCAAGCUCGACAAGCCGGUCGAGUGCAAUCUCUGUCACCGUAAGUUCAAAAACAUACCCGCCCUCAAUGGGCACAUGCGCCUGCAUGGCGGCUACUACAAGAAGGAUCCGGAAACCAAGCGCAGCGAGAAGAAGGACUCCAGUGGUCCACCCCUGCAGACGGCUAGCAUAGGAGUAAGGGCCCUUAUAGAGGAGAAGAUCAUCAGCAAGCGCAAGGACAUGACUAAGGGUUCCUUUGUGGUUCCGGCACCACCGCACAGCAGUGGCACCACCACCACCCUGCGUCGAUCAAUCAGCGACCUGGAAAGCUUCCUUAACCCGAAGACCAGCACCAGCAGUCACACGCAGACGAUGACCACCACCACGGGCACCACAACAGCUGUUCUCCCAGCGGCCACCACCAUCAAGAGCAGCAAUGGUUUGAGUAUCCAGCAGAUUGGUCUCCCGCAGAGCAUUGAGAUCUUCAGCGGAGGUCAGAAGCAGGCAAAAACUCUCAAUCUAGGUAGUGGCACCAACACAAUCACUAUAACCACCAACAAUGUGCCCACCACCACGACAAUGAGUGCUCUGACAGCUUUGAAGGCUGGAGGCACGAUCAGUGGCAUUUCCACGGCCACCAAUACGGAUCCUAAGGAUUCCACACUCAUAGAGCUCCUAAAGCGAGGAACUCGCAUUGCUGUCACCUCUAAGAAGGCUCAAUCUCAAGGCCAAAUAGGGUCCAGUUUAAUGAUGACUUCCAGUGGAGCAACAACCAAUGCAGUGGGUGCUGUAACCGAGUUGACCACCAUUGGGGGUAGUGGCAGUAUGCAGACGGUUGGACGGCAGAUCAUUACUAACAAUAAUCGUACAGUGAUCAUACCCUCCGAUGUCCAGGUGGUGUCAACCAAAAGCAAGCUGAGCAGUUUAAGCAGCCUGGUAAAGAGCAAUAGUACUGGCAACUGUUCCUCGGGUAAUCUCUCACUGGCUGAUGGCACGCCACUUUCCCUGACAAUUGCUCCCAAUCAAGAGAUCACGGGAGGAGGUGGAAAUGCCAGCGGAACGGGAAGUGUGAUCUCAAGUGGAGGAGGUGGAGUCUACACGGUGACCUAUACCAGCGAUGGCACCGAUCUUUUUGAUGAUGCCGAAGUGUACAACGUUUCGGAUACCGAGAUGCUGCUGCAGACGGUUGACUCCAUGGAGCUCCUCAACGACGAGGAGAUCAAGAGCGAACAUUCCGAGGACUUUGCUUUGCUGAGCGAAGCCGGCGAUAGUGCGCACACCCAGCUGGUGAAGCUGGAGCCGGAAAGUGGACAAGCCAAUGCUGGAUCUGGAACUGUAUCCGGCGCGAUUACCACGCCGUUGCCCACCUUCCAGCAAUUCCAUUCCAAGGAGCUGAUCAUGCAGAACAGUUCGCAGAUCCAGGCGAUAGCCAGCAUGCGGGGCAGUGGAAGUGGUGUCCUAGCCUCGCCACUUCACUCGCCAUUGGCCUAUCCCACUCCUCCUUCGAGUCACGAGAACAUGGCCCAGAGUUCACCGUUUAUCGAGGAUGCAGCUGCCCAGUUUGUGGAUGCCAGUAACACCUUCUUUGGGGACAAGACGGACUUCUCGCACAUCUACUUUAAGACGGAUGAGGGCGAAGCCACCAUUGAGCAGCUAAAUGAGCACGACAACGAGAAGAUUCUGAAGCUGAAGUCGGUACUGGAGGAGAGUAGCUUCGAUCCGUCUAUUAAAGUGGAGGAUCUGCUGAAUGGCACGAACGAUGACACCGAGUGUGAUCUGCGGGAGUUUGCCGAGACGAAUCUUUCGUUCUUGGAUGAGGAUCAGGAGUUUCUCAAUGACUCUAGGAAUGCCACCUCACCGCUUUCGGAAUCCUUCUUUACCAGCGGCAUAGGCUCUGCGGAGGAUGUAAAGCAGGUUUUGAGGGAAGUCCUGCCCGAUGAGAAUAUGCAACUCCAGCUGAGCAGCGAGCAGCAGGGCGAGAAUAUCAUAGAUCUCUACUAUCUGCCUGGACUGGGUUUGCAAUCCCAGAUGAUGCCUAACUCAGAGGACCCUUUGCUGUCCUCCUCUCCAAGAGAAUUUGGUCAGCAAAGGCAGCAAAUGUCCCUGCAGGCGACCAACAUGCAACAACCCCUGGAGCAGCCUCUGCAGGGCAACGGCAACAGCAUCUAUCAGCAGCAGGAGCAGCAGCAGCAAGAGCCACAGCAGCAACAGUCGCAGCAGGAGCAGUCACCGCAACAGCAUCAACAAUUGUUGUUGCCCCAGCAACCACUCAAUCAAACGGAUUCCAUGCCAGCGGUGGGUCAGCAGCAGGGUGACUUUAUGCUCCCCCUAGUGGGUGGUCAUGGAUUUGCUCAAGUUACCAGCCAAACCCAGUAUAUAGAUAGCAGUCAGGGAGGCAUGGGGAUGCAGCCACUGAACAGCCUGCUGCAACCGCUGCUUUAUGGCGGGGCAACCACUUCCAAUGGCAACGCCUCAGCCGGGGGCAACGAAACUCUGCUCACCACCGAUUGCCAAAUGAAUGCCAAUCAAGGCCAAAUCGAUGCGGGCCUGUUGUUCGCCUGUGGCAAUACGACAACCGUGGCUAACAAACCCCUACCCGGUCUCCUGUCCAACCCCCCAAGCGUGGCCAAUCUACAGCCUUUGUCCAACCAAACCAAUUCCAUACUGAAGCGUCGCCUGCGCUCCAAUGCUCCCCAGGAGACGCACAAGUUCUCCAAGUUCCACACUUUGUCGCCACAUCGUUCCAAACUGCGCAAACCAUCCCGCACCCAUUACACGCCCGCACCCAUCCUGAAUCCGGAUCGCAAGGGCACUGGCUUGUACUGCAACGUGCGCAAGCAACUGGGUCAGGGACUCUUCGAUGCCUUCGACGAUGACUUUGGGGAUUCGGUGGGCCUGGUCGAUUUCUCUGAUGAAUCCAAGGUUAAUCUGGGUUCGACAUACCAAGCCCAGAUACCCAGCUGUCGGCCGUUCGAGGAGGCAUCAAGGGACUCACUGUGCGCUGAGAUGAUGUGGAAUCCGGAGGUGCAGGAGGAUGACAAAAUCCUGAUGCGCUACAUUGAUCUCAGCAAGUCAUCGGCCGUGCCCAUGGGCAGUCAUUCCGAGGAGGUGGCGCUCCAAACGCUGCUUAAGGCCAAAGGAAACUCUGCGGCGGCUGUGCUUACCCUGUUGCAAACUCAGUCCGGUGCUUUCCAGAUGAAGUGGACGGCCUAUGAGCUGGAGCAGUUUCUGCGGGGAUUGGAGAAGCACGGCAAGGACUUUGGCAAGAUUGCUAGUGAGCUGCAGACAAAAUCCUCCGGCGAAUGUGUCCAAAUGUACUACUUCUGGAAGAAACUGUGCGUGGACUACAAGGUAUCGCAUUUGAAGAUGGAGCCCGUGGUCGUCAUUGCUCCCGCUGUGGAGAAGCCCUAUGUCUGCGAGAUCGCCGACUGUUCAGCGAGCUUCAGUUCGAAAGCGGCGCUGCACGGCCAUGUCCGCAUACACGCUUAUGGUCGCAGUGCCAGCAGCAACAACACCAACAACAACAGCAGCAGCAGCAGUAGCACCAGCAACGCCAAUAACAGCGGCAACAGCAACAUGCAACAUGCCACGGCAAAUAGUGCCAAUUCCUCGAGCAGUAAUAGCAACACCAAUAGCAACAACACCAGCAGUUACGCAUGUGCAACACUAGGUAGCAGCAACAGCAAUAACCCAACUAGCAAUGCUACAACAGCAGCAGCAAGCCACGGCAGCAACAUGGGUCAAAACGGCAGCAACUGCAAUUCGAAUCUAAAUGCAACGACAGCAACAUCGUCUGCGCUUUCAGCCACGGCCAAAAUGGACACGGCAAUUGGCAACACUACUUUACCCAUAGCCAAGGAGGGCGAGUUCCCCUGCAAGGUGUGCGGCAAGGUCUUCAAUAAGGUGAAGAGUCGCAGUGCGCAUAUGAAGACUCAUCGCGUCCAGGAGCCGGAUCAGAAACAUCAGCUUAAUCAUCAGGCUGGAACUGGAUUGACCGCCGUAGCUACAUCAACCAUCACCACACCGUCGUAGGGAUCGAGGAUCGAAGAGGAAUGAUAUGGAUAAGCUAUAUAUAGCUAUAUAGGAAAACCAAAAGAAAAAACAAACAAAAAUCGAUUGACAAUCGCAUUAAGCAAGCAGCAAGCAUUGUUUACCACUGUUAGAAUUUAUGCUUAGACGAAUUUGAGUCUAAAAAUCAAUGUCACGUGUACGUAGUAGUUAAAGGCAUUUCUUCACUAGAUCUAUCUAUCUAUCUCUAGCCCUAGCCCUAGUCCUAGACCUCUCUAUCUCACUCCUAUCAAUCACUUCUCUAACUAACUAACUAAGUAGGAAAACACUGCGACUCGCUGUAGAUUGUAAGUCUAGCCAAAGAUUGGUAAAAGUUCAAAUUGAAUUGUUAUUGACUAUUGUAGACAAGUGCAAUAUUUAUGUUGAAGUACUAGUAAUAUCUACGAAAUACGAUACGAAUAUUAUGUAAAUGUAUACCUACCGUUUUUUAUAUAUACUAUAUGUAGGCGUUUAUUCUGCUCGACUCGACUGUAGAUGUACACACACCCAGACACACUCUAAAACUAUAUACUAAAACUAUGGCUAAAGGUAAGGCGAAAUCCCGAUCUAUGAUAAAUACUAGUGCAUAAUUACUGUUAACUACAAGUUUUUCUACUCAAAUACUCGUACAUAGUUGCAACACACUACACUGAUACUUUACUAGGGCGAUAAAUGUCUAGUCAAUAAGAGAAUCUCUAUAUAUAUAUACAUAAUUGAUAUAUAAUUACAUGCCUAGGUGUACGAUGUAUGCGAUAUAUGAUUGUUGUUCUAGUUUUAACGACGACGCAAGUCAGCAACUCCGAGUAGUUGAAGUUUUACUUAGAUUGUACUUACCAUACUAUACCUACAGACCUAAACUAUUGAACUAUGAACUAUGGCUUAGAGAAACCAAAAACCAAAAAACCGAAAAACCCAAAAGAGAAAAUCUAGUGAAAUCAAGUGAUAUUGAGUGAGAUCAAAAACGAUUUUAGCUAAACGUGAACAAAAUUCAAUGCACACCAAUUGUAAAAAAAAAGAAACGAAAAAACGGAAGUUGAGAAAAGUUUUAACUUUUACUUUUAACGCAAAACGCAAACGUUGUAGGUUGUAAGAGACACUGUAAAUAUGAGUCUAGCAAAUUAACCGAUAAGGAAGGAUAUCUUUCAAAUUUCUCCAAAACGCAUAAAAGACAUUAAUCUAUUUAUAAUUCUAGAAUCCCCCAAGCCCAACCCUCCUUCCUACCCAAAAAAACAUAAUGAACACAAACAACGAGGGUUUUAACUCCAAAAAGAAAACCCCACAAAAUGAAAACCAAACACAGAGACACUCACAGUGCAGUUUUAUAUAGGCCUAGGAUAUAUACAUAGUUAUUAUAUACAAGCAUAUAUUAAAUUAAAUGGUACAACAGUAAAUCUGCCAGUAAUUUGAACAACAACAACAACAAGAAUCACACGUUUUCCAUUUGGACAGUGAGCUAAUGUACUACAACAAAUUGAUCAAUUGAUUCAACAACGUUUUUGAGGCCAAUGCCGGGUGGUAUGUUAUUGACAAUGGCGUAACUUAAUCUAGUUUAAUGUAAAACCAAUGCAUGCAGGGCUAAAACAAAAACCAAAACCAAAUACUCACGUUUAGUCUAAUAUACCUUCCGCCUUUCCCCUCUCAAGCUCCUCUUUUCCACUCAUCACCAAAACACCACCACCACCACCGCAGAUCCGGUAUAGAAAUUUGGAAGAUGGGAACUAUUAGCAAUUCUUAUGGUUGUAUUCGCCGCUAGAUGGCGUGACUUUUUCUUAUCGUACAACACUGCAAGAAAAUACACUACGAAUAGGGUGCUGUAAAUAAAUGGAGGAAAAAAAGGGAAAACAAAAUAGAGAGAUAUACAAAUCACCCAUAAAGGAGUUUUUUAUCAGUCUGCUGUUCUAUUUUUCCUUGGCAUUAGUAAUCAUUAAAAUAGUCAUAGAUUUAGUUGACGGACAACAUAAUUCUUGGAUAUUUUUCGGUGUUAUAUACAAUAAGCCUAAGCAGAUAUAGUUAAAAGCAAAUACAGCUAAAGCAGCCCACCAUAAAGCACCUUCGGUAACUGUUUGUUGUGGGCCUUCGCAGCCGUUUAAAGACUUUCUCGCGUACAAAUACAAGAAAAAAGAAAAAGAAAAGAAAACCAAUUACCUAUAUCCCGUUCCCAUCUUAAAUGGUCAUCCUUUGUUGUGUGCAUUUUCUCUACAAGUCUUCCGUUUUCCGUUUUCCGCUUCCAUCUCCAUUUCCAUGCCCAUGUUUCCGUUUCCGCCUGAGUUUGAUUCUGUUCUAUGCUCAAAUGCCUUCAAGCGUAUAUAAGUCUUAAGUAUUAUUAAAUAAAGUAUCCACAAAUGAGUGUUUAUCCUUAAGUAAGUGUUCAAAUCUAGGCUAACGUUAGCUUAAGUUCACAUGUGUGUGCACUUUGUUGCUUUUCAAAAAAGUUUCCUAAAGACAAAGAAGAAUGGAUAAAUGGAUAAUGUUAGGCAUCUGCUCGAACGUCUAGUCAAAUGCAGUAGAUAUUAUUAUUAUUAAUAUUAUUACUUAAUUUAUUUAUAUUUUAUUUUAAGUUUCAUUUAGUGUGCCAAAAUGUUUAUCGUUUACCAAUUAAAUGAUUUCAACUGUUUCAUUUUUCACCCGAUCUGGUCUGGCAUUUUUAUUUUCGCUUUUCCAAAUAGUUAAACAAUAGUAAAGGACAAUCUGUGACAUUGAAUAUGACUUCCGAUAUGUAUUUCCGAGCGAUAAUUUCCGGAAUCAUCAGCGUCAGCGGUUCCACCUCACUCACUUUUAUUCGAAAACUCUGCGUUGUGAUUGUUCAUUAAGCGAAUGUAAAGAUAAACUGUAUUUAUGCAAUACAAGAUACGUAUUUUAGAGUAAACUGUAUAUAGUGGCGAUACACACGCCUCCAGAUUCCUCAAAAGCCAAACUAAUUCUAGCUCAAAUGUCGAAAUCACAUUCAAAAAUCAUCAGUAUAUAUAUAUAUAUACAAUUUGCAUUCCAAUUGACAAAAGAAACUAUAUAGUUGCAUGAGUGGUUUACUUCUUCUCGGCAUCUGUUUGCAAUAUUUUGUAAAUCGUACAGAUAUACAUAUAUACUAUCAUAAAUGUCAUACUGAAAACUGAAAACCAAACAAACAAAAAACCAAAAAACCAAAAAACCGAUAUAUUAAAAUUAGAAAACGCAACAGAAUUACUUCGAAAUACAAUACAAAAAACCUUUUGAAAUUGAAAACGAUUGAUAAUAGCUAUUAGACAUAUCAAUUUUAUUUAAAACGAAUCGAGAGAUCCAUUCAGAAAACAAAGAUAUAAUAUAUAUAUAUAUAUACAUAUAUAUGUAUACAUAGUCCGUACACCUUCGUGUACACCAGUGCAUUAUUGCAUUCCUGUUUAGCCAAGUAAGUGGACAUUUUAAGCGUCAUCAUAGUAUUUACAGGACCUUCUGUUAAGCACCUCUUUCAAGAACUUUGCUUUCAAAUGCGGAAUCUCAGAGUAUUUAGACUGACGAGCAAAAACAAAAACAAUACGAAAUUAUGAGAUGUUCUCCUGAACGCAUUCCAUGAACCCUUCAUAUUUGUGCCCCUAACAAGGAUCGAUCGUGAUCUAACCUAAAGACACGAUGAAUUGCGAGACAAACUUUACCGCUCAGUAUUAUCGAAAUGCCCGGAAAAUGACCUUCGCAAAAGCGAUGGAGGAAAUGGUCGGGCUGAUCGGCCCUGCUAUGAUUAAGUACCAUAUACAAAGAACUACACAAAUCUACGAUGUAAGUUUUAACUGUAAUAUGCAAAGAAGAACACUUUUAUAUAAAAGAAGCAAACUGUUACUUUAUGGCAUUUAGUUGAGAUGCUGUAACCUCUUGUUGAUCGUAAAUUGUACGUAGCAUGUAAUACCUAUUUAACUCGCACACACACACACACACACAUAUAAAUGUACGUUUAUACAGUGCUAAUAUUAAUAUUCUGAUAUGAACGAAUAUUUUAUGGUACAUCUAUUAUAUGUACAUAAUAAGAGUAAAUGUAAACUUAAAUGUUUUCAUGGUUGUAAACUGAUGAUCAAAAAUAGAUUUAAUGCAUUUUACAUGCUUUUAUUUAAACGCAGAAUUAACUUCAACAUUGCUUUACACUUUUUGGUACCUAAUAACUAAUAAUACAUCACAUCUAAUGCAUUUCUUUCAACGAAAAUAGAUACGUCUCUUCGUUUAACGUACAUCAUUCAUUGUUUUUACCAGAUCUUACAAUGGAUAAACGAAAUAUUUUCUGAACAUCACAAAUGAUCAAUAUGUAAGAGAUAUUUGCAAAAAAAAAAAAAGAAACCAAAAAGAAAAAAAUCAUGAAUAUUCCCUCCAAAUAAUUUUUAAAAAAUUACGUAUUUGCUAAAAGUCAAAUCUCUGAUAACUGUAAUGAAAGGCAGUAGGCAGUAGGAUGGUAAUGGUUCUUAGGAAGCAAUGUGCAAACUGUCUAUAAUGGAGGAAUACUGUAUUUAGCAUGAUGUUACCAGUUACAUUUAACGUAAUUACAAUUACAAUGAUUAUUGUGUAUUGCAUGUGUAUGUGAAGUGUAUGUAAUUUAAAAACUAAAACUCUACAAAAAAACGAAAACUCUACAAAAAAAAAAACGAGAAAAGUGGAAAGAGAAACUAUGGCACACAUUUGCCAUUUAAUAGUAGUCAAUUCUUCAAAAACCAAAAAACAUAAAAAAGAAAAACACAUUAGGCUAAGUGUGAAGACAGCAUGAUGAUAUAUAUGGACACUAUUUUCUAAACGUAUUACAACAAUAAUUUAUGAAUUUGUUGGUAAUUUUAUACAUAAUAUAUACACAGUUACUUUUGUUAGCUAGCAAAACGACAACGACAACUUAGGUAGCGCCGAGGUAGAUAAACUUUAUGAAUGUUGUACCCAAAAAAAGCCCACGCCCCGGACACCCGCGAGAGCACACUGUACAGGCACAAACCUCUGGGCAGGAUGGGCUCUCCCUGUGAUCUGAAGAUCCUUGGAGAUCCUGCCCUCGCGCAUCCUACCAAGCUAGUUAGGUCCGCGUCCCUCAAUGAAAAACACAAACACACACUCUCUCUUUCUCCACUAUGCACUCCUCAACACUCUCCCACACACACACACACACACUCACUAAGACUCUACACUCACUCACUGAUUUUAGAAUCUCUGUUGGAUCUGUUGGACUCUACCAUUUUUGGUGUGAUAUUCUAUUGGUUGUGGCGGUUAAUUUUUGAGCCGCUUUACACAUUGUUGCAUUUCUACUAAUCGUAACCUGGCCAAGGAAAGGGUAGGUCAGAGUAUGAGGAAAAACGAAUAUUGAAAACUAAGAAAUUAAUAAUUAUAUAUAACUUAUUCAAUUUCCUGUUGUUGUUUUGGUUGUACAUGCGUAAUGAACUCGUUUUUGGACUCGUUUUGACUAACUGUAACUGAUUGCCAAACUUUGUUAACUAUUUUAGUCCAUACAUACGUACAUACAUACUUUUAGGUUUAAGCACUUGUAAUUUAAUCGAACAUGAUUUGAGCAAAUUUAAUGAAAAUGAACUAAACUUACAAAAACACAAAAUGAAAAUAAAGUGGUGGUCGUAACUAAA